ACCAGCGAGCUGUGGCCCCGCCCCACUCCCGGGUUCCUCUUCCCACCGGGCAUUGACCGGCCGCUGCCGCAGCUACUUCCGGUUACGGUGGAGGGAGGAUGGCACCGGGAGGACGGAUCAACCGGCCUCGGACUGAAUUACAGAGAAAUCUUUACAAAAGACGGAGGCUUUUGAGGAAGGAGAAGAGGAAAAAGCAUGUUAUUGUUGGUGCGGUUAUUGACAAAGGACUCAUCACUUCUCAUCACCUGAAGAAGAGAUGCUCGAGUAAGAGGGCAAAUAUCACUCUGUCAGGGAAGAAAAGGAGGAAGUUACAGAAACAGAUUCAGCACAGUCAGAAGGAGCGAUUGGCCAUGGAUGUUGAACCUGCCACAUCGAAGAGGAUCAGACCAUCAGACAGCAUGGAGGUGGACAAGACAGGAGGCAAAGUGGUGAAUGUGGAAAUGAAAGAUGAAGAAAUGGUGGAGCAGUGUGGUUGAAAAGAACAAAGGAAGUUAUGGACAAAGGGCCUGCUCUCUAUGGCAGUUGCUGCAGCCGUGACAGGGUUUGAUGGUGAUGAUCCGGAAACGUCCUUCACAAUCUACUGUCAGUGUGACUGUUGCCACUGUCCACAUACUGGCUGCAUAGAGCUCUGCUGUCUGAAUGUGUAUCAAAUGACUGUUUACUUGACUAAGUGCACAUGGAGCACCAGAUACUGUAACUUCAAAUAAAGACCAUUAAUCGAUGACA